UCUCUUUCACCUGGGACCUCUUGGUGGGACCUCUUCAUCCACCGCGACUCAUUCGUUGGGCUGCUCUCAGGAUUAACAGAAUGAGCUGCCAGAGGUUCUGGUGCGGUUUAGUGGCCGUUUUGGCCCUGUGGGCGUUUACAGCUUGUGCCCAGGGCACGGCUGAGGAAGAGCUGAAGGUCCAGGUACUGAGCAAGCCAGGAGUGUGCGAGUUCGAGUCCGCGACAGGAGACAAGAUCCAAGUGAAAUAUGUCGGAAGAUUCACCAACGGAACUAUCUUCGACCAGAGUGCGGAAGGCAAACCUUUCGAAUUCCGACUCGGAGCCGGACAGGUGAUUAUGGGUUGGGACAAAGGCCUCAACAGGAUGUGCGCUGGAGAAAGGAGAAGACUGACUAUUCCUUCUCACCUGGCUUACGGGGAGAAGGGAGCAGGAGGAGUCAUUCCCCCAGGCGCCACUCUGGUCUUCGAGGUGGAGCUCAUCCAGAUCCCAGACAAGGCCCUUUUGGGAAGCGAGGAACCCGAGAGGAGACCACGACCGGAUCCCGACGCGGCCAGGCCCGAAGACAUCAAGGAGCUGGUCAAGCAGACGCUGGUCAGGCCUCAGUCCUGUUCGCAGGUGGCCAAGGUCGGAGACAGCGUCUCCGUCCACUACAUGGGACAGCUGACGAAUCUCAAGACCUUCGAUUCCAGCCUGUCAAGAGACGAACCUUUCGUCUUCACACUGGGUGAGGGGCAGGUCAUACCCGGCUGGGACCAAGGAAUAGUGGGCAUGUGUGUUGGAGAGAGCCGUCGGCUGAUCAUCCCUCCUGACUUGGCUUACGGUGCGUCAGGUGUUGGCGAUGUCAUCCCACCAAAUGCAGUUCUGAUUUUCUCAGUGCAGCUUCUCAAGAUCAACUGAUGAGGACAGACCAAUCGGAAGCGGCUUUUUCAAACGUCUCCUAAGGAUCUCUGCGUGGCCUGGUUUUUUAACCUCAAUUACUUUUAGCUUGUUCUUUGUUGUCAUUGUAAUUUGUUAGUUGUGUUUUUUUAUACAUUAUGAAGUUUCAAUAAAGCAGGAAAAUGA